AUGAAGACAGUUCGUGAUGUCAUCAACAAGCGACCACGUCAUAGCGCGGGGGAUUUGAAAAUAAAAAUGCCGCACAAGACGCCAACAGCAUUAUCCGUUACAAAUGUAUUGAAGCGCUGUGACCCAACCCUUCCGGCGCUGUGUGAUGGCGGGGAGGAGCUGGACCCUGCAGGGGAGAAACUACUCUUUCUCCAGGACAGGCGGCGUGUGCAAAAAGUUGGUUGGCGUCAACUGUUUGUUCUGGACUCCAUGAUGUGCGAGCUGGAGCGCGUUCAAUCUGCCCAGCAACUGCUGACACAGCCCUGUCCCCCACAAUCAGAAGGCGAAGCUCGAGGCCACUGGAAGGCUUUGAAGGUGGAGAGCAGGACGACGGCGGAGCAUACGGAUGAGCUGGUCGACACGCUGCAAAAAGACAUCAUUGACAAACGACACAAAGUCAAACAACUAUUGCAACAGCUGCAAGCCAAGAAGCAGCAGCGUGAAGACUUACAGGCGAGCGUGAAGGAGGCACAGAAAGCGUUGCAGACACGUGAUGGUCAGCUGACUCGGCUGAAGGCGGAGCUUGAAGCGGAGCUCGGGCAAGUGGACGUCUGGCAGCAUUCCAGAGAGGCCUUGCAGUCGUACGUGGCGGCCGUGCAGGAGGUGGCGCACGUCAGCCUGCUGUCCUUCAACCAAUCGCAGGUGUCUCUGGAGCUGAGGCCGCACCCUCCCGCCAACACAAAUCUGGCAUUCAAUGAGCUGGAGCCGUUAAAGCUGUCCAUCAUCUGGAGCCAAGACGACCAUUUCACACUUCAGAUUGAUCCAGCGAGCCUGGCGAAGCAGCUUCAGGAAGACGUGUCGGGCCGCCGUGGUGAACUCAGUGCCGCUCUGGUGGAGGUGAUGGAGAACUAUGUGGGUCAGGCCGACCUUCUGGCUGAGAUCCAGAGUCUGAGAUCCAGCUUCGCCAUCGAUUGGUGUCCUGCUCAGCGUGUGCUGGUGUACCUCAAGUCAGCAUCCAUCUUGUGCCACCUGGAGGUGCAGGAGGGGUACCCCAAUGACGGAGCCGUCCGCCUGCGAGAUGUACAAAGAGACGGACAACCACUGAACACCGACGCAUUGCAGCCUCGAAACCCUGAUGGCAGCCUCACUGAUUGGCUCGUUUUCCUUUGCACCAAUCCUCUCAUUUGAAGUUUUGAUGAUAAUGUUCUCAUUUGUGACACUCAAAUAAAUAAAAUAACUAGCAAGAAUCAUA